GCCGGAGCGGGGCAUUGUGGAGGGGGCGGCCACGGAGCCGGGCGGCGGCGGCCACGGGCGGCCACGGCGGGGAUGAGCGCCCGGCGGCCCAGGAGGGCCCAGUUAGGUGGCGGGGCGGGCCGGCCACAGCCGAGCCGGAGGGAAGCGCGCAGGAAGGAGGAAGCGGGAGGCGGCGCGCCCAGGAGGGGCGGCCCGGCGGCGGCGGCUUGAGCAGCGGCGGCGGCGGCGGCGGCGGCAGGAACCGGAGCAGCAGCGGCAGCAGCGGCAGCAACGCGCCCUCCGAGCCCGCCGGGGCAGAGCCGAGCCGAGGCAACCUGCGAGCCGACCCCGCAGCAGCGGCCGCGCCCGCCCGACCCCGCCCAGCCCCGAGGCGGCUGCAGCGCCGCGCACCGAGCCGGCAGACAACAUGAGUGAGAUGGUCGUUUGUGCCACUCGAGCAACAGUGAUGCUGUAUGAUGACGUCAACAAGAAAUGGAUGCCAGCCGGGAGUGGGCCCCAGAUCCCCAGCCGCAUCCAGAUCUACCAAAACCCCACCCUCAACACUUUCCGGGUGGUGGGCCGCAAGAUGCAGCCGGACCAACAGGUGGUCAUUAACAGUGCCAUUGUGAAAGGGCUGAAAUACAACCAGGCCACUCCCAACUUCCACCAGUGGCGUGAUGCCCGCCAGGUUUGGGGGCUCAACUUUAGCACCAAAGAGGAUGCUGGGCAGUUUGCCAGCGGAAUGCUGCAGGUGCUGGAGAUGCUGGAUUCAGGAAACUCUGUGCCACCACGGCCCACCCAGAACGGCCCCUCGGCAGAUGAACUCGCGGAACUGCAGAAGAGGCAGCAGCUGGAGAAAGAACAGCAGGAACCGGCAGAAAGAGAACGGAGGGGACCCCUCGUCUCAGCAUCUGCAGUGACCCCGUCGGGAGGAGGCCCCCCACCGCCCCCAGGGCCACCACCAGCACCACCAUGUCCUCCUCCUGGACCUCCAGUGGGACAUCCAGGGCCUCCCCCAGGAGCUCCGCCGGGCCCACCCCCGCCACCAGGACCACCCCCGCCCCCUGGCCCACCCCCCGGCUCAGUUUCCUCAGGAGGGGGGCCGCCCCCAGCGCCUCCUCUCCCCCCUCCCCAGGCCCCUGGCGGAGGCGCUGCAGGGCCCCCCAGUGGCUUGGCUGCUGCCCUGGCCGGUGCAAAGCUCAAGAAGGAGGAGGGACCAAAGGCUGCGCCUGCUGCCGCCCCACCUCCUGGUGGGCCUGGCGGGGGAGGGCUCAUGGAAGAAAUGAGUGCCAUGUUGGCCCGGCGGAGAAAAGUCACGGAGCAGGGUGAGAAAUCCAUUCCAAAGAAAGAGGAGGCCCCUGUGCAGGAAGACACAGAAGCCUCAGGUGCCAGGACCACAGACGCCUUCCGGAGACCUUGGGAGAAGACCAGCACGACGCUGCCCAGGAUGAAAUCCGCUGGAGCCAUCGCUGGCUCAGAACCCUUGAGCGGCGGAGCAGGGGACGAAUCCGAGUUGGAACGGGUGAAACAGGAACUACUGCAGGAGGUCCGGAAAGAGCUCCAGAAGGUGAAAGAGGAGAUCAUACAAGCAUUCAUAACGGAGCUGCGGAAACGGGGCUCCCCUUAGCCCCCCCCCCCACCCGCCCACACACACCCCCUUCAGCCUCUUCUCAGUGCCGCCUGGAGUCAGCCGAUGAACUCUCCCAAAUGUGCAGAAAAAGAAUAAAAACAGAAAAAAGAGAGAGAAAAGUUCAAAAAGACCCUCCUGCACCCCCCCCAAAGAUCCACACCCCCCGACCUGUUGGCUCCCAGGCCUCUGGCCCUCACUGUGCAAUUUCAGGGUGGGGGAGAGGGACACCAUCUGUGGCAGCCCCUCCCCCAAGAAGGGCAGGACCCCCACCCGUGCCUUACCCAGAGCAAUAGCAGCCCCCUCCUCCCGCCCCUCCUCUCCCACCAGAGGCUGUUUCCCAGGGAGGGAGAGGGGACUGGUUCCUCCCCCCUCCCCUGUGCCAUUCCCAGAGAAGACCAGACUCUUCCCUGCCCCCUUUUCCCCAACAUGAGACUGUAGUGCGUUCUUUUUUCCCCCCAGGGGGUGGGCAGCCAGACCAGAGCGAGGGUCCUUGGGAGAGAGGGAAGCCAGGAGCUGGGCUCUUGUGCUGGGUGGGGCGGGGGGGGGGGAUCCCACCUGCGAUGACACUGGAGACAUUUCCGGAAAGCUGCCAGCCACCGGGGCCUUGCCUGGCCCAGAGGUCCCUGCCCACCUCCCUUCUCCGUGUAGCAGUGUUGGGGGCCAGGCUUCCUUUCAGGGUGGGGAGCACAGGAGGCGGUUUCAGGGGGUGGCUUUCCUGCUGGUCACCAUCCCUGGGCCUCAGUCCCUGACUGCCCCCCGUCCACAAUGCAUGACCCCCUCACCUUGUCCCCGGACCUUGCCUCAUUACACACACUUUCUCCUGGCUUCUCUUGUUUUACACCAAGACUGGGUAGCUUUUAAAAUGUUUUAUCUGGAACCCCAAUCCAUACCUCUCUUUUAUUAUUAUUUUUUAAAGACAAGUUUUCACCACUCUGCCUCCUUGGGGAGGACCGGGCACUGGCCGGACGCUUGCAUUUUCUACCAAGCUGUAAUUUUUUUAUUUUUGUGUUGUUUUAUUGAGCUGGAUGGGAUAUUAUAUUUUGAUUGUUCUUAAAUUGUUUUGACUGAUUGCUGGGUGUUUGCCCAAUUUCUACGCACUCUCCUGCCCCAGGGCACCCACUCACCUGCAGAGGAGCACCGGGAUCUCAGGCCCAUGCACCAAACUGCUCUAGGAAUAAAUCUUUUUCCUUUUUUUUGUAAAA